CUUCGGCUCCGCGCUCCCGGCACCUGCGGGCUGCGUCUCGGUGCUCGGUGAAGGGGUCUGGGCGGCGGGGCUUGACGUACGCGGUGAGGGAGCCGUCCCCGUGCCCGGUGAAGGGUCCGUUCAGUCGAGUCCCUGUGGAUACCCGGGCACAGGUCCCGGUGUGCUGGGCUCUGUGAGCCCCAGUGCCCGCUGAGGGACUGGGCUUGGCGGGAUCCGUGCCUCUCCCCGGCUCCCGGUAAAGGGCUGUGCAGUGCCCAGCCCCAGCGCUCGGCGAGGGUUUGGGGGGGCUCUGCUCGGUAUUAGUGCCUGAUGUGGGGGGCCCGGGAGGCCGCGCCCGGAACCCAGCCAGGAGUCCCGGUGUGCUGGGCGGUGUGAGCCCCGCUGUCCGCUGAGGGUCCCGGUGUGCUGGGCGGUGUGAGCCCCGCUGUCCGCUGAGGGUCCCGGUGUGCUGGGCGGUGUGAGCCCCGCUGUCCGCUGAGGGUCCCGCUCUGGGGGCUCUGACCCAGCCCAGGGAGGGCUCCGGACCUGCUGCGCUCUGAGUGCCACUUCUCGCUGAGGUUUCGGGGUGGUCGAGCCCCCGAUCUCCGCUGGAGCAGCCCGUUCUAGGCCCUGAGGAGCCCUCGAGCUGAGGUUCGGGCUGUGCAGCCCCCUGCCCACCCAUCCCGCUGUGACAGCUGCCCCUGCCCACCCCGCCAUGCCGGCCCAGGGCCCCGCGGGCUCCCGGCGGCCGCUGCUGGCCCUGCUGCUGGCCCUGGGCUGGCUGCUGGCCCUGCAGCUGCUGCUGGACCUGCGGGCGCUGGGGCUGCUGUGCGGGGCGCUGGCCGUGCUCGGGGGCUGGCUGGGCCCCCCGGCGCUGGGCCCCCGCGGCCGCCGGCUGCGGCUGGAGCGGUUCGUCAGCUCCCUGCGGGCCCCGGCCGGCAGCGCCGCGGACGAGGGCCGGCUGCAGGAGGAGAUCGCCAGCACCGUCCGAAAGGUGGUGCGGGAUUUCGUGGCCUCCUGGUACCGCACGGUGAGCAGAGAGCCGGCCUUCGAGGCCGAGGUGGAGAGGGCCAUGCUGGGGCUGGCCGCGGAGCUGCGGCGGCGGAUGAGGCGGGUGGACCGGCGGGCCCUGGCCCGCCGCCUGCUCCUGCUCUGCGGGCAGCACCUCCAGAGCUUCCUGCGGGCACGGGACGCCCUGAGGGCUGAGCCCAAGGGCGGCCGGACGCUGUGGAGGGAGUACAGCCGGCUGGCAGGGCCGCACCCCGCUCUCCUGAGCCCCGCGGCCGAGGUGGGCUGCGCCCGCGCCGCCGUGGACGCGCUGCUGCGGGCGCUGGUGCCGCGGCCGCACCUGGAGACGCGGACGGGACGCUUUGUGGUGGUGGAGCUGGUGGCCUGCAACGUGCUGCUGCCGGCCAUCAGGAAGAUGUCUGAUCCCGACUGGAUCAACCUGCUGCUCAUCGGGGCAUUUUCCAAGAAGCCCCGGGGUGGGAAGCCCCACCCUGCACCCCCAGCGCCGGAUUCCUUGCCUUUCCCGGCGCAGACGGACGCAGCUCCCGCCGGGCUACCCCUGUCCCCGAGGGCUGCCGAGGGGCUCAGGAGAGAGGCCGGGGCUGCUGGAGAGGAGGGAGAGGAGGUGAGCAGGUCAUGCCAUGCAGAGGAAUCCUUCCUGCGCCCCCAAGCCCUGGGAUCCCUCUUCCCCUGUGAGGGUUUGGAGCUGGAAUCCCCCGUGCCUGACACGGGGCAGGACGUGGAGCUGCUGGCUCCUUCCCCGGCUGGAGAGCUCCUUGAUGAGCCCCCCCAGGACCCUUCUGUGCCAGAGGGAGCACCUGCCUCGGAGGAUGGCACAGGGGACCUGGACCACGGCCCUGGCCCCAGCUCGGAUGCUGUCCUGCUUCCCUCCUCUGCUUUGAGCUCCUGCCCUGACAUCCAGAUCGAGCCAGCGGUUGAGAAGGAGGAGGAAAGCCCAGCUGUGCCCAGGAGGUUCUCCUCACAAAGACCCUCCAGCCUGGGGAGAGAUCUGGGGGCAGCAGAGGGCCCAGCACAGUUUCCCCCAGAGCCUGGGCAGAGCCUGCCCCUGCUCUCAUCCUCCCCAACAGCCUCCAUGAGCACCUUCAGCUUUGAGCCCCUGAGCAGCCCCGACGGGCCGGUCGUCAUCCAGAACCUGCGGAUCACCGGGACCAUCACUGCCCGGGAGCACAGCGGCACCGGCUUCCACCCCUACACCCUGUACACCGUCAAGUAUGAGACAGCUCUGGAGGGCGAGGCCGCGGGCAGCCUGCAGCAGGUGGCUUAUCACACCGUGAACCGCCGCUACCGCGAGUUCCUCAACCUCCAGACCCGGCUGGAGGAGAAGCCGGAGCUCCGCAAGUUCCUGAAAAACAUCAAAGGACCAAAGAAACUGUUCCCUGAUCUGCCAUUUGGAAACAUGGACAGCGAUAAAGUGGAAGCCAGGAAAAGUCUGCUGGAAUCUUUCCUGAAGCAAUUGUGUGCAGUGCCUGAGAUUGCAAACAGCGAGGAGGUGCAGGAAUUCCUGGCCCUCAACACCGACGCCAGGAUCGCCUUUGUCAAGAAGCCCUUUGUUGUCUCCAGGAUAGACAAGAUUGUUGUCAAUGCCAUCGUGGACACCUUGAAGACAGCGUUCCCCAGGUCAGAGCCCCAGAGCCCCACGGAGGAUCUGAGUGAGUCAGAAGUGGAUGGGAAGUCCCAGACAGACGGGAAGAAAAGCAAGUCCAGGCUGAGGUUCUCAUCCAGUAAAAUCACUCCAGUGCUGAGUGUGAGUGAAGCUCAUGACAGGAUCGUGUACUCCAUCAGGGAGGCCAAUGCUGUAUCUGGCACCCUGUCGCUGGCUGCUAUGGAAUCCUUCAUCCAGAAGCAGGAGAAGCUGCUGGAAGCAGCCCCCAGCAAAGCUCCUGAAGGCGAGGGAGGCAGAGAAGCCAAGGAAAUCUCUGUGCAGGAAGAAAUGGAUGGGCUGAGCACAGUGGAGCGAGGAGCACAUCCAGACACUGACUCUGACUCCGAGACAGCUUUGGCUGACCUGGCCCUGGACGUGCUUCGUCUGGUGCUGGUGGAUCACUGGAGCUGGCUGUGCACGGAGAACAUCCAGAAGGUCUUCAACCUUCUCUUUGGGACCCUUGUUCAAAGGUGGCUGGAAGUGCAGAUGAUUACCCUGACCUGCACCCAGCGCUGGGUCCAGUACCUCCAGUUGCUCCAGGAAUCCAUCUGGCCUGGAGGAGUUUUACCAGCAGUGCCUAAACCCCCCAGGACAGAGGAGCAGAAGAAGGCAACAGCAGAGCAGGCCCUGCAGAGCCUGAUGGGGAUCUUGCCCAAUGUGAUCCAGGAACUCCUUGGGACCAGUAAGUGUCGGAUGAGCUGGACCCUGGUGCUGGAGUCGCUGAGCCAGCCUGUGAUAAACAGGCACCUGGUGUUUUGCCUUCUGGACAUUCUGCUGGAGUUUUUGGUUCUGAAGGGCUCCAGCAAGGAGCCUGAGGCUGCAGCUGCCACACCGUGUGCCUGCAGUGGCUCGGACAAAGGUGUCCCAGCACUUUAACCAGGCCUGGUGCCCCAGGAGAGAAGCAGCCACAGGCAUGGAGUGAUUGGAUUUUCAGCCUUUCCUGAACGUGCCUGGGAGCUUCCUGUAAGGAAUUUCUCCAGCCAGUGCUAAAUGAAGCUGCUUCCAGGCCUCUCUGUUUCAGCUGGGUGGUGGAUCAAACCCAGUGUGAGGGGCUGAAGAUGCUGUGCAGCAUCUGUUCCAUUGCUGACCUGAUGGAGGGCCUGGAAUGAACCAGCCUGACCAGCUGGAGAAGGAACCACAAACCCUUCUGAACAUCUCUAACAUCUACAGCCAGAGAACGCAGGAGAUCUGCUUUUGUGGCUUCAGGGUCCACCUGGCACUGAGAGAGUUGGUGUGAUGGGACCUUGCUGAUGAAUAUUUCUGCAGGACAGGUGAAGGCAGGUGCAGUGCUGUCCCUGCUGUCAGAGCAGCCUGCCCUGUGCCUGCUCUGCACCAUCUGUGUCACCAGAAGGAAGAUGGGGAAAGGAUGGAGUGUGGAGAUGUGGUCCUGAAGCUCAGCAUCCAACUGCCCAAAUACCUGUGAGGUGAGAGCAGGGGUCAGAGGUGCUGCCCUGCCUUAGGGACAAAGAUCAGCUGCUUCUCCCUGCACUGCUGUAGUUCUCCAUCAAACAGUAGGGUGCAGGCAGGCUGUGAUCCUGGGAAAGAGACUCUCCUCAGGCUAGGGAGGAGUGCUGGCUUGGCUGGACUUUAGGACUCGUUUAUAUUGUGCUUUCUGAAUCACCUUGUAGUCCCUGGGACAGUCACCUGGAAGGCACAGGCCAAAAGAGCUGACCCAUGUGGGACACAACCAGCUCCCACACAAACGUGGCUGUCACAGGAAGCUCUGGAAGAGGAAUGAGUACCUUGAGCCCAGGGGGAAUCCUGGAUGUGUGUCAUGGACAGCCAGUGGCUUAGACCCCAGCAAAGGGCCUGGGAGCACUGCCUGAGCUCUGCUGUUCAUGGCUGUGUCACUGGGCUUGGCUUAGCUGUGCCUGCUGCUGCAGCAGCUCCGUGCAGGGCUCUGGAAAGCUGCUCAGGUCAUGGAACAGGGAUUUGGAGCUGCUUCUCCAGGUUGCCCAAGACUUGAGUGGCUUUGGGAGCACUUAAUGUUGCUCAGCAGUCAGGUUCCUGGGAGUACUAAAGGACUCAGAGCCUGCACCCACGACAGUUUGGUGACCUGCUUUGGUGUAUUUUCUGGCAGAAACACGGACUGAGCAGUGCUGCACUGGGCUGGUGAGGGUGUUCUCUGCAGAUCAAAGCAGGCUCCACCCAGGGAACCACGCAGGAUCACAUGUGGUGUCUGUGCUGCUGUACCAGAUGGUUUCAUCUCACAGAACCAUGCAAUACCAGGCUGGAAGAGACUGUCUGCAGUUUCUUGGAGCUGGAUGCUCCUCCAUGGCAUGUUUGGAGAGAAGGCAGUGUAACUCCAACAUGUCUAUACUGCUCUUCCCAAAGGAGCUGCUUAAUUAUGGAUACACAACUGUGUGAGCUGCUCUGUGCUUGUGUUAUGUGAAAAUACAGGGAGGGAUCAUUUUGCUGCAAGCAAAUAGAUUUUUAGGGAGCUCUGAAGACAUCCAGGCAGAAUCCAGUGUCAUGAAGCAAAUCAAUUCUGCAUCACUAUUGGAGCCAUUUCUGAGCAGGGAGGCUCCAGAGAUGGUAGAUUGCCACCUGCUUGGAGAAGAAGGGAGGUGUGUGUUAAAUGGUUUAAGAGUAGAUGAGGUGGAGAAUGCUUUGGGAUAAUCCCAAAUGGCCAAGCAGCAGUUUGGGAAGCAGGACUCAGAUAAAUCCUCGAAUAUCUGCUUGGAGCAGCUGCUUCACCUUGUCUUUCAGUGCCAGGCUCCCGUUCCCCUCCUUUUUCCUCCUGCUUCCAUUUGCCACCCCAGCUGUCAGCAGGGGGACAAGGCACCCUGAGCCAGAGGUGAUGCAGCAGAGCCCUGUUGUGCCUGGUGGCUUCCCAGAUGUUCCUGCUGUUCUUGUUUGCUGUUGCUUCCUAAUGAGCUGUGUGGCUUUGGAGCUCCAGGACUGUGGUCUGUCAUUGAUUAGGGAUAAUAUUAAGAGGCUUUGCUGAAGAGGAUCAUGGAGUGCAAAUUAUCCACUGCGUGCUCCAGGUUAGGGCAGAAGUCUGAAACAGUCCCUACAUACACUGGAUGUGGCACUGGAAGGAUGAGCUGACACUUCUCCUUUGCCAGCAAGCCCAAAUUCUCCCUGCUUUCAACCUCCACCUCUGAAAUUGUGCAAAUGACUGAAUAUGCAGUCCUCCAGAUGGAAAUCAUUCGUGAUUACUGCCAGUGUGGGAGCUGGUGCUUUGCUGGGCUGGUGCAGCAAUGAUUUGGGGAUGUCCCAGCAGCAAGGUUAAGAUACAAAGAGCUGGGACAGAGAGAGAGAAAGGAGAUUUACUUAUGUGCACUCUCAAGGCAGUGUGGGAGUUGGGAACAGGCCUAAGGAGUUUGAAUUGCAAAAUGGUUUUUUACUCUGCAGAACCCCCUUUCUUGCCUCAGAUAUGAGGGGUUGGAGCCCUUUCUCAUGCUCUCACUGGCUGGGCUUCAAAUUCCCAUCCUCUCCUUGGGAGACCUUAGUGCAGCCUUACAGCUGAGGUGAAGUGCCCGGGAGCAAAUAGCCCCUCUCUGCAUCGUGUUGUUAAGGAGUAAAACAAAUCCCAUAAAAAGCUCAGCUUUUUUUCUACUCUGAGUUCUUUGCCUCACUGUGAUUUUGGGAUUAAAUUGAGCACAAUGGUGGCAGAUAGAAACUUCUGCAUUCAGGUGGGCUGAAAGUUUAUUUCCAUUGGACUAAGACUAGAAAAACUGCUCUGGUAAAACAAACAAAGUUGACAAAAAAACUUAAGCUCACUCAGUGUGUCAUAUUCCCAGCAAGCUCCUUUUUUUCUGCAGGAAUUUGUAGAAGGAAUUUGCAGAAGGCUUCAGCCACUUCUCUAAAGGGUGGGUGGUGAGAGCAGGCAGAUUUGAUCUCAAUAAAGAGUUGCAGCCUUGUGUCACGUUAGGUCAAGAGCAGUACCUGCCUCAGGUGGGUGCUCAGCUCUCCCUCUCCACGUCCUGCGGCCGUGUGUGAUCUGCCUCCAGCCCACCACUUGCUGAUUUUGUAGAGUGCUCCCCUUCCCACUGCCUUAGUUUCCCACAGCUGACUGGAAGCUUCCUGGAAGCAGGGAUUGCUCCUGUGUAUGACUGAGUGCAGCGGUGUAGAGCUCCAAGGCCCCACUCUAAGCUAAAUAACUCUUUAACUGUGUUUUUAGGGGGGAAAAAAGUCCCACCAUGCACUGACUCCCUGUCCUAUUUCCUGUACUCAACCCUUUGUAUCAGCCAUUUGUGGAGCUGUUGGAGUCUGUAUGGAAUUGUGCUGUCUGGAAAACCUGUUGAAUUGUUAAAUGGGGAGCAAACCUUCACUCCCAUGUACUUGUGUGCAAUAAUACUUUAUUUCAAAUUUA